ACAAGUCUUUAUGAGGGGUUUCGUUUCUCUGUUCAUUUUGCUCUUGGCUGUACAAUAACAGCGAUACUGGGUGCACAUCCAGGUGGAACACCUAAACCAGAAGAGGUCCAGAUUCCUGAAGAAAACAUACGACGUUAUAUAGAAAGACAAGUCACUCAUGACAUCAUGCUACUGAAGCUGCCUAAGGCAUACCCUCAGUUCACUACCAUUCAGCUUCCUCCUUCUACAUGCCAGACACCUGAGUUGAAGGAGAAUGUGAGAAUUGCAGGCUGGAGUUACACAGAAGAUGGUAGAAAGCCAGAGAAACUACAGUGUUCAAAAUCAGGAGACCUCCAAGUCACUGCGUGUUACCCCACAGAAGAUGCUCAAACCAAAAUUCAAAUGCGAUUCUGCGCAGCAGCUCCAGGGAAGAUGGACGCCUGCCAUGGGGACUCUGGAGGAAGUCUGAUGAACACAGAAGGCCUCCUGUAUGGUGUGACCUCACGGGCUAGUAAAACAGAGUGUAAAGUUAUAAUCAACUUCAUGGAUGUAUGCAAGUACCGAGGAUGGAUAAUGGAAGAAAUCAAUAAAGAUAAUUCAUUGAAUAGUGAGUAAACAAAUGAUGUACUCCAAAUAAAAGGUGUUCUCAGA